UACCCGCACCGCACGCGCUCCAACUUCUACUGACAACAGCAGGGACCGCACGAGCCGAACCGAACCGAACUGAACUGAACUAAACUAAACUAAACCAACCGCCGGAAAAAUGGAGUGGACCGCCAUGGAAAUCAAUCCCGAGAUGCUGAACAAGAUGAUGAGUAAGCUAGGCGUGGGCGACAACUGGCGCUUCGUGGAUGUGCUUGGACUGGAGGGUGAGCAGCUCUCCGGUGUCCCAAGACCGUGCUGUGCCCUGAUGCUGCUUUUCCCGCUGACACAUCAGCAUGAGUCUUUCAGACAGCAGCAGGCAGACAAAGUGGCAGGAGGCUCUGAGGUUUAUUUUAUGAAACAGACCGUGGUCAAUUCCUGCGGCACCAUUGCCCUGCUGCAUGCUGUGGCCAACAAUAAAAACAAACUGACAUUUGAUAGUGACUCUGCCUUGAAGAAGUUUCUAGAUGAAACUGCUAACAUGUCUGCUGAUGACCGUGCCAAACAGCUGGAGAAGAACCAGGCAAUCACAGAUGCUCACAAUGAGGUUGCUGUACAGGGCCAGUGUCGGCCAGAAGCAGAUAAAGUCAACUUCCACUUUAUUGCCUUUGUCAAUGUAAAUGGACAUCUUUACGAAUUUGAUGGGAGAAUGGAUGGAGCAGUGAACCACGGAGCCACCAAUGAUGAAUCCUUUGUAAAGGAUGCAGCCAGCGUGUGCCGUGAAUUCAUGGAGAGAGAACAAGGGGAAGUUCGUUUCUCCGCUGUGGCUUUGUGUCAGAGUUAAACACUGUAGAAAACAGAAAUCAGUAAACCAAAAUGUCCUGGAGCAUUCAUAUGGCACACACAAUCAGCAGGCACACACACAUCUGCAGACACUAUGCACUAUGAAGCACAUAUUGUUUCCACGUAUUCUACUCUCAUCUUCUGAACCAAGCAUUCUUGAGCACAUGCACAUGUGCACAUGACACAAAUGGAACCUUUUGUUGUGCUCACACAAGCUUGUCUGUUUUUAUGUCAGUCAGCAGUGUCAACACUGCUGGUCGUAUGUGUGUUUAUCUGUUUGCACCUUUUUGAAUGUUAAUGCAUUUGUGCCGCAAAAACUGAUGCUUUAAUACCUUGUGUGCCAAUUAGAGCGAGAUGAAAAAAUAGAAGGAAAAGGCACCAAACUUGAACAUGGAAAGGUUUUACCAGUUUCUCUGAAUGCCUUUCAUUGCUCUACUGAGUUUACAAGGAGUUGACAUUCUACUGAGCAACCCUAAAAGUAUACGUAGGAAUAAUUUUCCCAUUGUUUAAAGCAAGAACACAACCUUGAGUGUUCUUGGGUGUUAGUGACAUUUUUCAGAAAAAAGGUUUUUGUUACAGAAUUGAAAAGUGUUCUUGUUCCUAAUGAUAGUAAUGUGUUAGGAUUACUGCCAGUUUGUUUACUUUUAUUAUUACUAUCACUAAUUUAUAUGAAAGCACUUUUGUUCACACUUUAUUUGGAAAUUGCUCUCACGUUUCAAAAACAAUCCAAACAAUUAUCAAUAAAACUACGACGGUGCAAGUCAAAAUCUGACAAAUAACACGUCAAACCAGAUAGGGACCAUCCAAAUAAAGUGCUACUGUAUGGGAUGUUGUGCUGUGCCCAGUGAUGGUAUGUCUAGACGUGUUUAUCUUUCAAUGUGCAAAUACUCUGUUGCUGUAACCCUACUGGUGAAACAGCUGUGAGAAUUCAAUAAAGCAAACCUUACACUUCCAAA